CCAUGUCAAUGAACUAUAUGAGAGUCCCAUCAGGACAAGUGACAGCUCAAGUCUCCAAACCAGAGCACUCCCUGCAAGAAAGAAUCUGCUCCCAUCUAGUUGAGUAUCUGGAACCCAUGGCCUCCUGGACCUUCCCCUUUGGGGGACAGUCACGAGGGAGAGGGUUCAGAAAUAUAGCAAUAGCCUUUUUUCUCCAUGCUUGUCUUUGGGGUGCAGUUUUGAGCUCAACGACUCCAAGACCAGAUCAACCUGAGAUUCGACUGAUGAAUGGUUCAAGUCGCUGCACUGGGAGAGUUGAAGUCCUCCAUAAUGGGGUGUGGGGCACAGUCUGUGAUGACAGCUGGGGCAUCGAGGAGGCCAGAGUUGUCUGCCGGCAGCUGGGCUGUGCCGCUGCCAUAUCUGCUCCGCGUAAUGCACAUUUUGGAAGAGGAAGCGAUCGCAUCUGGCUGGAUGAAUUACGGUGUACAGGGACUGAAUCCGCUCUUAGUCAAUGCCCAGCAAGACCUUGGGGAGACAAUGACUGCCAUCAUGGUGAAGAUGCCGGUGUUGUCUGCUCAGAGGUCCGGCUUGUAGGUGGUACAUCUCCCUGCAAUGGCAGAGUUGAGAUACUCCAUAACCAAAGAUGGGGAACAGUGUGUGAUAAUGGAUGGGACUUAAAUGAUGCUCGUGUUGUGUGCCGGGAAAUGGGCUGUGGAGAUGCUUUAGCAGCUGCAAGUGCAGCAAAAUUUGGACAAGGAUCUGGCCCUGCCUGGAUGGACCAAGUGAACUGCACAGGGGAAGAAGACAGCCUAAGGAAAUGUCCACCAAAAAACUUGGUGGAACACAGCUGUGACCACAGCAAGGAUGCGGGCGUGGAAUGUUCAGAGCCACCGGAGAUCAGACUAACAAGCGGCCCUAAUCACUGUUCUGGGAGAGUGGAGAUAUUUCACGAGAAACUCUGGGGGACUAUUUGUGAUGAUGACUGGGACCUUGAUGAUGCCAGAGUCGUGUGUCGUUAUCUUGGCUGUGGAACAGCUCUGUCAGCCCCACGGGGUUCCCGCUUUGGGCAAGGAAGUGGUCCAAUCUGGCUGGAUGGCAUUAACUGUACAGGCUCGGAGAGCGCUGUCAGCAAAUGUGCAGCAAAAUCAUGGGGAGAUCAUGACUGCACCCAUACAGAGGAUGCUGGCGUUAUAUGCGCAGAGCUCCGCCUAGCUGAUGGACCAAGUCGCUGUGCGGGGAGAGUAGAGGUCUAUCACAACCAGCAGUGGGGCACCAUCUGUGAUGAUGGCUGGGAUCUGAACGACGCCCAAGUUGUGUGCAGAGAACUGGACUGUGGAACGGCCUUAAAAGCACUUCCUGGGUCACGUUAUGGCUCAGGAUCUGAUACCGUGUGGUUAGACCAAGUGAACUGUACAGGGAAAGAAGCUUUACUGAAUGAAUGCCCAAAAAAGCCCUGGGGAGAUGCUAGAUGCAAUCAGCAACAGAAAGCAAGCGUAGAGUGUUCAGACCCCAAUGAGGUCAGAUUAGUGAACGGUUCAAGUCGCUGUGCUGGGAGAGUCGAGGUGCUCCACAACCAGCAGUGGGGAACGGUGUGUGAUGAUGGCUGGGAUCUGAGCAAUGCCCAAGUUGUGUGCAGAGAACUCGGCUGCGGAAUUGCCUUGGCUGCCCCACGAGGAGCUAACUUUGGAAGAGGAAGCGAUCCCAUCUGGCUGGAUGAUGUCAAAUGUAAGGGGACAGAAGCUGCUCUCAGGGACUGCCGCCUGAAACCCUGGGGAGAACAUAACUGCAACCAUGGAGAAGACGCUGGGGCUGUGUGCUCAGAACUCCGGCUGGUAAAUGGCUCAAGUCGUUGCUCAGGACGAGUGGAGAUAUUUCAUGACCAGCAGUGGGGGACGGUGUGCGAUGACCGCUGGGGCUCCAAACAUGCUGAGGUUGUCUGCAGGGAGAUGGGCUGUGGUGUGGCUCUAAAAGCCCAUGCAAAGGCUUUCUAUGGGCAGGGAACAGGGCCCAUCUGGCUGGACGAUGUCAAUUGUCAAGGAACAGAAUCUGCCCUCCGAGACUGCACAGGAAGCACCUGGGGAAUCAACAACUGCAAUCAUGGAGAAGAUGCUGGUGUUGAAUGUGCAGACCCCGUGGAGGUAAGGCUCGUCAAUGGCUCUCAUCGAUGUUCAGGGAGGGUAGAAGUGUUACAUCUCCAGCAAUAUGGAACCGUGUGCGAUGACAGCUGGGACCUCAAUGAAGCCAUGGUUGUGUGCAGGUACCUUGACUGCGGAACAGCCAUCUCUGCCCCACGUGGGGCUCGGUUUGGACGUGGGUCGGAUCCUAUUUGGAUGGACGAUGUGGAAUGUACCGGAUCGGAAACCUCCCUCACUGUCUGCAAGGCCAAGGAAUGGGGAAACAACGACUGCAACCAUGGAGAAGACGCUGGUGUCGUAUGUUCAGAGGAUCUCAGGCUGGUCAAUGGCUCAGAUCGCUGCAGUGGGAGAAUUGAGAUUCGGACAUCUCACAGUACUGCAUGGGGAACAGUGUGUGACCGUACCUGGGACCUGAAUGAUGCGGAGGUUGUGUGCAAGCAACUGGGCUGUGGGGCAGCUUUGUUAGCCCCAGGUGGAGCUCAUUUCGGGCGUGGAUCAGGUCCCAUCUGGAUGGAUGAUGUCAACUGCAAAGGCACAGAAGACGCCAUCCAAGAAUGCGCAGCAAAUACUCAGGGAAGCAAUAACUGUAACCAUGGACAAGACGCAGGAGUUGUUUGUGGAGCAUCAAUGACCCUCAACGUGGCUAACAUUAGAUUGACAGACGGCCCUUACUCCUGUGCUGGAAGGAUUGAGGUCUUUCACCAGCAGCAGUGGGGAACUGUGUGUGAUGAUGGAUGGGGCAUUCCAGAUGCCAGCGUUGUUUGCAGACAGCUGGGCUGUGGCAUUGCCCUGGAAGCCCCCCACUCGGCACAUUUUGGACGAGGUCUUGGCCCCAUUGUGCUGGAUGAUGUCAACUGCACAGGGUCAGAAAGAGCCCUCAAAGACUGCAGCGGACGUAAUGUGGGCGAGCAUGACUGCGACCAUGGAGAGGACGCAAGUGUGAUAUGCUCAGGCCAGAUGGAAGUGCAGUUGGCUGGUGGCCCCAACUCCUGCACUGGGCGGGUGGAGUUCAAGCUUAAUGGCUCCUGGGUCACUAUAGGUCCAUCUGGCUGGGGUCUUCCAGAGGCCAUGGUCGUAUGUCGGCAACUGGGCUGCGGCUCAGCCUUGUCUGCUCCAACUGGCAACCAAUAUGGCAUAGGGAAUGGCCCAGUAGUUCUGGAGGAGGUGAAAUGUACUGGAUCGGAGUCAUCUCUCACUGAAUGUAAGGCCACACCCACGGGCCCCCAUAAAUGCAUCUGUGGCACCUAUGCAGGAGCAGUAUGCGAGGGGAAAUCAGGUUCUUCAGUCAUCAUUGCAGUGAUUUUGACUCUGAUAGCUCUUGUCCUGAUUAUCGUUGCGGUCCUGUUCUAUCUACAUAAAAAGAAAGUGUCAAUAUUUACGGUUAAUCCCUUCAAUCGUAGAAGAGAAGGAAUGAUGGAAAAUAUCGCUGUUGGGUCCGAAAUGGUAAAUGGCAUCCGCGAGAUGUAUACCCGGGGAAGAAAUCAACUGGCAUCCGAAGCGGACCCUAAUGCGGACACCGUCUGCCUUGUGAAAGCCAGCUCGGACCAUCCUGUGGACAACAUUAAUUGAAAGACAAGGAUUGGGCGAUGGCUCGGAUGCUGAUGAGACUUAACAGGGGGAGGCCAUGUCCACGCCACCAGCUCUUUUCCCUGUGAAUGUUCGGACACUAGGUGUGCUUUUGCUGAAAUCCCUGAGGAUAAGCAAACAUCCAGGCUUCCCUGAGUAUCCAAAAGAAGUGGAACUAUUGGGCAAGGGCAGAAGACAUUCAAAUGGAAGACCUCGGGAAUAUCUAUGAUGCUGAAGUUUCAAGGGAUAAGACUUUGGGAAGUUUGUUUCAGAAUCUUGCCUUUUUCUUAUUGGUCAUGCAACAGCUCUUGAUCGAACUUCUCUGCUGUAACCAUGAUAGAAUAUACUUGUUAUCCACUAAACUCUAAGAUCCAAAAAUCAUGCCUCUUGCUGCUAUUCUGAUUAAUUUGCAAGGUUUUUCUUUCAGGGCAAGCUACCUGGGGAUGAGGGAGAGAACACCUUCGCUCAAGUGCCUUUCAGUGUGAGAAGACUGUACAAUUUCUCCAUCAUAAGUACAAAACCCUUUGGACAACACAGAGUAUGUCUAACUCUAAUUUCAUGCUGCUUUUUUUCCACUGCUGUAUUCUCACCCUUCAUAAACUUGCCACUUAUCUAAUCUGGAAAUUGUUUAAUUGCAAGUGCCGAUUAAACAUUGUUGAUGGGCAAAAGA